CUAUGGCAAUGUCAAUGUCAUGUCAUUAAAACCAUGUGAGAAAAAUUUAAAAACUAAAAAAUAUUUGUUUUGCAAUAAUUCUAUUAACAAGUGCUCUUAAAAACUAAUUAAACUAAAAAUGGAGACAGAAAACAUAAACGUUGAGGAGUUUUUGCCUGCCAAGAAUCCUGUGAAAUUAAAAAAUGUGAAGCGCCGAGCAGUUUCGGAAUCUGGUGAGGGUAUGGAGGUGGAAGAACAUAAUGGAAUAGAAGGGAAGCCUAAACGUGCUAGACCUAGAGCAAAAAAAACUAAGAAGAACGUGGAACCUAACGAGAGUAAAGUUAACAUGAGAAAAAUUGCAGUACCAGCACACAGAUACACACCUUUGAGAGAAAACUGGCUAAAGAUCUUCACACCUAUUGUAGAGCAUUUGCUAUUACAAGUUCGCUUCAACACAAAAUCACGUAAUGUGGAGAUAAGGGUCGGCCCAGAGACAAAAGAUGUUGCCAAUUUACAAAAAGCCGCUGAUUUUGUUAAGGCCUUCAUCUAUGGUUUUGAUGUAGAAGAUGCCCUAGCUCUUCUCAGGUUAGAUGACCUAUUUGUGGAGUCCUUCGAAAUCAAAGACGUCAAGACCUUACAAGGGGAUCACUUAGGAAGGGCCAUCGGUCGACUUGCAGGGAAAGCGGGAAGGACAAAGUUCACCAUCGAAAAUGUUACCAAAACAAGGAUAGUGUUGGCAGACUCGAAAAUUCACAUUUUAGGCAGUUACCAAAACAUUGCACUGGCAAGACGGGCUAUAUGCAAUUUGAUUAUGGGUUCGCCACCUUCCAAAGUGUACGGCAAUCUACGAAAUGUUGCUAAAAGGGUUGCAGAGAGGUUUUAGGUAAAUAAAAUGUGCUAUUUAUAA